AUGGAGAAGUGGGAGGGGGCGGUUCCCGGGUCGGCUUGUACGGCUGAACCGGGCGCUCCCUCCACCUCUAAGCGCAAGACGUUAACCCCUGAGCGGGUAGAGAGUCCGAAGGGGGUGGGGGUGGCUCCCGAGUCGGCUUAUACGGCUGGACCGGGCGCCCCCUCCACCUCUAAGGAAAAGACGCCGACCCCAAAGCGGGCUGAGAGUCCGAAGGGGGGGGUUGAAGUGCUGGUUCACUCACCAGUGGCGACCACCGGGCAGACCAGAUUGCAGCGGGCCAAGCACCAUUAUUUAAAGGCGAAACAGGCAGUGGACUCGUCCAGGAACCUCAGGAGGGAUAUCAAAGAGACCAUCCUGGGGUCCCUGGACGAGCUCAAGAAACUGAUUAUUGAGUCCGAAGCCGACCUGAAAGCCGAGAGGGCUCGUAAGGGUCCGUGA